AUGCCAUGGCAUGGCCACUGUCCGGCGCUUCUUAAGGUUACGCCAGCCGAAACAAUAUCAAAUGCGGGGACGACUCAGAGCACACCAUCAAAAUGCGGGGAAAGGCUAUCAUUCAGAACUAAAGCAACAGCCAACUUUUGCUCAAAUCUGUCGCCUUCCAUUUAUUUUAUCCAUUUCAAAACCUUUUACCAAACGCCAUUUCCUGUCAAGCUGAAGCCCAUUAUCUUCCAAAUUAUUCGGCGCAUAACCUCCGUCAUGCUGUUUAAACGUGGCCUGGCGAACAACAGCGGAGACGGUGAAUAUCCAGGGACAGUGGCAAAUCCGAAACCCAGCGAAAAGCCGCUUGUCUGUGUGAUAUACUUCUUCGCAUCGCAAAUGUCUCGCAACAUUCAAGCCGCGAUACCCCCGCCAGGCGUGAACUCAACGUCCAGCACCCAAACCGAGCCACGCAAGGUCCAUCAACUUGAUAACCUCUUAUCAAAGGUUCAGCACCAUGCACACUUGAGUCCACUGAUCACCAAAUUCGAGACAAUCCCCGUUGAGAUGGCACCUCCCGGCCGUCCCCGGGGAACAUCUCGCGAAGCCAUGCAUGACACUCUGCUGCUUGUGAACUUCAAGAGUAAGCAAGCGUGGAGAGAGUGGGUUCAGACGAAAGAAUGGCAGGAGUUCAUGCAAAGGACUGAAAAGGAGGCUGUUUUUAGACGCUUACCUCAUGUCACUUGUGCCAAUAGCUUAAAGGGUUUGCGAAACCCGAUUGAGGUGUUGAUGGCUUAA